UUGGCUUGGUCAAAACAUUGUUUGCUGCGGUACGGAAUAAAGCAGCUUGUCUUAAAGAAGGUACAUACAGCAAUGAUCAGCGCCAUUUCAAACUGAACUUUGUGUUGGAAUCGAACGACUUGAUCUAUAAUAGACUUGCACAUCCAAGUGGUCAAAUUAGAACAAAAAUGGGAAAAGUCCGUCGUACACGGAAACCUCCUCCCGACGGCUGGGAACUGAUCGAACCAACCCUAGAAGAACUCGAUGCUAAAAUGCGCGAAGCAGAGACCGAAUCCCACGAAGGUAAACGAAGGGUCGAAAGUCUUUGGUCUAUCUUCAAGAUACAUCACCAGCGAUCGAGGUACAUUUUCGAUCUUUUCCAUAAGCGUAAAGCUAUCUCAAAGGAACUCCUUGAGUAUUGUGUGAAAGAGAACAUAGCCGACAAGAACCUUAUGGCUAAAUGGAAGAAGCAGGGCUAUGAAAACCUCUGCUGCCUUCGUUGCAUUCAGACGCGUGAUACAAAUUUCGGCACAAACUGUAUUUGCCGGGUGCCGAAGAACAAACUCGAAGAUGGAAAAAUUGUGGAGUGUGUCCAUUGUGGAUGCCGUGGAUGUUCUGGCUGAGCUGUAUAUGGCUGCGAUCUGUAACCUAUUUGUAAAAUGUGCACUGAAAUAUUAAAAAAAAACAAGCACUAAACAAUAAAUAUAUAUUACACCUGUAUAUAAUAUAUA